GAAUCUUUAAAAUGGCUGAUGAACAUUUAUACAUGCCGACGACUUCCGAAAUAACCAUUCCGGAAUCCAGCAUAGAACCCGAAUAUGAAAGCAUUGGAAUUGACACAGCUCAAUGCUCAACCACAGAGUCCAAGAAGUAUAAAUAUAAAGGGAAAGACCAGUUCACAUUACAUAUCCAUAAUCCGGAAACCAAAGAAAGCGAAGUCUCAAGUCCUUUUUCCGAUUUCUCCACUUAUCACAAUCCGUAUACAGAAGAAGGAAUCCAUUCUCCAGGGGCAAUCUCCAAACUGUCCUAUACCGGAUCCAUGAAAUCUAAACACCCUCACACAACAAGACAAUUAAACGUUUUCAUUGGUGAAGAACUUGAGGAAAAUUUUCAAAGUACGGGGUUUCCUACAGAAAGGAAAGCUUACAGUUGUCCAACAACCCCAAGAGCUGUGAAAAGAACGGUCCCGUUGUCUAGGGAACCAAUCGAAGUUCCGCAUUUAGGCGCUGAGAGACCACACUAUGAAAAUGAACCCGUGCACUUUUUUAUUUAUAAUUUGCCAGAGGAAGAGCAAUCAGUUUACAAUGAGUUCCUGGUGAAAUCGAAUCCCCACAACAGAAUAAACCACAUGAUACACAGCGCCCUGCACUGUCCCUGCUUCUUUUUCUUCUUCUUGCUCUGUUGCAUGCCUGGUGUUCAUUGGAUGCAGCUUGGGGAUAAAGCUUAUAAGAAUGGUGAUGUUGAUGAAGCAAAAUUCCUUGGAAGAAAAGCCACAGUAUCAUAUUUCGUUGGAGCGGUGUUGGGUGUUCUCGUCUUGGCAGGGGUCAUCAUGAUUUCCGUGUAUUUUGUUCAGGACCAACUUGAUCAAUAAAAUCCACUAAAAGGAA